UUUUCUUCUUCUUCAGAAGGGAGCCGAAAACAGAAAUGAUAAAAAGUCAUCAGAGAAAUCGGAGAAAAUUUGUUGAGAAAUUUUGUAUUUUUACGAAUUCAUUUUAAAUUUAGGAAGUUUUAACAAUAAAUACCACGAUUUCCUCACAAAAAACGUGUAAAGUUAGCAGUUGGCAUAUAGCUAGUAUUAAACAGUGUUUGUGGGUGGGUUCAGAAAUUUAUGGAUUAUGUUUAUUGUGGCACCGAACCGCCAGAGGACAUUUUAAAUGUCUACGAUGGCGGCGGCCAACGCAGCACUGGCCACUUUUCGCCAAAUUUCAACGGCUUCAAUAUUAGCUCCGGGGACCCAGGCUACAUGGAACUGGUGCCCAUUCUGGCAGAUGGCGGCGAAAACUUUGGUGUAUCGGCACUCGCAUUUGAUGAUUAUGAGGAGUUGCUCUGGAUGGGUAAUCAGGGAGGCCACGUCACUUCGUAUUACAGCAGCACAUUACAAAAGUACACCUCUUUCCAAGUGCAUGCCAGCGAUAUCGUUCGUCAGAUCAUAACCAUUGACGCUGGCAUUUUGGUGCUGACGCAAACGUCAUUGAGACAUCAGAUACGUCGUGGCAUACCGAAGUUUACACAUCGCUCGAAGAGCAUGACUGAAAUGGUGUGUAUGCAACAGCUGACACCAAAUCGUUUGGUCAUGGCAGGUCUGCAAGAUGAAAUGAUCGAGUUUGAUCUCCGUACACUGAAAGAAACGAAAGUGGAAAAUAUUGGAUCAACAGGCUGUACAGUGCUUCGCAAAAAUUCACGCUUCCUAUUCGCCGGGGACCCGUUUGGCAUGGUGACAUUGCGCGAUUUGAAUUCGCUACAUGUAGAGCACACUAUCAAGACUCACACUGGUAGUUUAUCCGAUUUCGAUGUACAGGGAAACUAUCUCAUCUCAUGUGGAUAUAGCGGCCGACAAGGCACACUGGCCGUCGAUCGUUUCCUCAUGGUUUAUGAUCUACGCAUGCUGCGUUCGAUAUCACCCAUACAAGUGCUAAUCGAUCCACAGCUUUUAAAGUUUCUACCAUCGCAGACUUCACGGUUAGCUGUAGUUUCUAGCUACGGACAAGUACAAUUAGUCGACACUGUUGAAUUGAGCGAACCACGAGUAUCUAUGUACCAAAUCAAUACGACCGGCAGUCAGUGUCUGAGUUUCGAUGUGUGUUCCUCAUCACAGGCAAUGGCUUUUGGUGCUCAAUCAGGUCAUAUUAGCGUAAUCGCCGCCGUCAAUACACCACAGCCCCAAUUUAAUGCCUUCUCGCGAAAUACGGAAUUUGCUGAUCCAGUGCCGCAGUUGCCUUUUGUGCCUAUUACAGACACCUCAUUUCCGCUAUCAUCGGUUGCCUUACCACACUUGGUGACUGGUAACCGAUGGUUUUCCGAUUGGCCACCCGAGCUGCUACGCUAUCAAUAUCGGCGACCAAAACACAUUGAAGCAGAUGUUAUUAACAAUAUGAAGAUGCAAGGGCCCAUUGGCUAUUCGCCGAACCCGCGUACAGCACGUCGCAAUCAAAUACCAUAUGUACUUGAAACGCCGAAUAACAUGACCACUAACAGUAAUGGCUUGCCGAGCACGGUUAAAACGGCGGAAAGUGGCGUAAAAAUCAUACCAAGGCGUUAUCGUAAAGUGGAAUUGAAGUAUUCGAAAUUGGGUACCCAAGACUUUGACUUUGAGCUACACAAUCAGACGUGUUUCGCCGGACUGGAAGCAACAUUACCCAACUCCUAUUGCAAUUCCAUGUUGCAGAUAUUAUAUUUUAUUGAGCCCCUGCGUCUAAAACUGAUUGAACAUUCUUGCAAAAAGGAGUUUUGUUUGUCCUGUGAACUCGGUUUCCUCUUCAAUAUGUUGGAUAAAAGCUCAGCUGCAACACCAUGUCAAGCCAGCAAUUUUCUACGUUCAUUUCGUACGGUGCCUGAAGCAUCGGCACUGGGUCUUAUACUGUCCGAUCGUUCGUCCAAUGUUAAUUUAAUAAAUCUUAUACAGAAUUGGAAUCGUUUUAUUCUACAUCAGAUGCAUUAUGAAAUGGUAGACUCAGAUAAAAAAAGUCGCUUGAAUAGCGCAACAAGCACAAGCAGUUCCGAAGAAAACUCGACUAGCAUCGAAAAACCUGCUGUGGACCUAAGCAGUAAAUCGGGCGAAAUAUUUCAAACCAUCGAUAUGAAAAGCGACGAUGAUCGCGAACGAAGUAAAAUUAAUGAAGAAUCGGAAAUCAGUCGUCUAUUCGGUACCAAGCAAGAUUGCAUAAACCGCUGUUUGAAAUGCAACAACGAGAAAACUAAACAAAACAUACUAUUGGCCUGUAAUCUUAGUUAUCCAUUGCAUGUCAAAGAAAUUGAACAAUUCAAUUUUGGUUCCAUUCUUAAAGGCUCUCUAAGCACGGAAAAGCACAUACAAGCCUUUUGCGAACAUUGCAAGAAAUUCUCACCUACCAAGCAAAGUGUUAAGGUCACUUGUCUUCCACAAAUACUGGCAAUCAAUUGCGGUUUGAGCAAUGAAAAAGAUUUGGGAUUCCUGCGAAGACAAUUGAAUCGUAAUUUACACACACCAUCAGAGAGUCCAGCAUUGAAUACAAAUAAGCCCUGUCGUUAUGGCAUAAAUUGCUCUCGCAGCGAUUGUCAUUUUGUGCAUCCCGAUAGGAAAUCUCCAACUUCCAGCACUACAAGAACUCAAACUAAUACCUCACCAAAUGGUCGCCAGAACUCCUGGUUUCCUUUAAGCUUUUCGAUAUCUAUUGGUGAACAGGGCGAGCUGAGUGUGCAAACUGAGCUUAGUAAUACAAAAACCGAAGAGCACAAUUCCACAGAGAAUAAGGAAAAUCGAAGAAGCGGCAAUGAGACAAGCGUUGCAGGCGGCGAAAGCACAGGCCUCGAUAAAAAACAAAGAGCUAAUUCUUCCAACAACGAUUCAUUUCGUGAAUAUGGAUUGCAUGCAGUGGUCUGCCAAAUCGACGAUGGCACCCAAAAGAAUUUGGUUUCGCUGAUUAAAGUAAGUAAAAAAUAUCAUACAUUGAAAAUGGCGGCUGGCGGCAACAGUGGUGAAGAGCAACAACAAUGGUAUAUUUUUAAUGAUUUCAGCGUCUCACCAGUUUCAAUACAAGAAUCUGUUUGGUUUACCCUCGAUUGGAAAGUGCCUUGUGUACUUUUCUACAGCAGCAUAAGUACGGAUGCGCCAGUUCCAUCUAUCACGCCUGCUGUAACCACAGCUACAGCUACAGUUACAGCAGCUGCGAAAAGUGAUAUACAAAGCAUCAGCACGGAAACGGAAUUUGCCCAUCAUAACCCAUUCAUACAAGAUAUAACAAAUCCUGUACAGCUAGCGCCAGCGCCAAACAGCAUGGGCGAUGUAUUAUUUAAGCCAUUGCAAACGAAUGAAAUGCCACAGGCAGGUGAUUUGGUCGCUAUGGAUGCUGAAUUUGUCACAUUGAAUCCCGAAGAGAACGAAAUACGUCCGGAUGGCAAAACAGCAACCAUAAAACCAUGUCACAUGAGUGUGGCGCGUAUUUCAUGCAUACGCGGUCAAGGUCCUGAUGAAGGUGUACCUUUCAUGGACGAUUACAUAUCAACGCAGGAGAAGGUCGUCGAUUACCUAACACAAUUUUCGGGGAUAAAACCGGGUGAUUUGGACGCGAACUUUAGCAGUAAACGACUGACAGCGCUCAAAAAUUCAUAUCAAAAGUUGAAGUAUUUAGUGGAUGUUGGUGUUAUUUUUCUUGGACAUGGAUUGAAAAAUGAUUUCAGAGUAAUUAACAUUUAUGUGCCGUCGGAGCAAAUUAUCGAUACUGUGCAUCUAUUCCAUCUACCACAUCAUCGCAUGGUAUCGCUAAGAUUUCUCGCUUGGCACUUUUUGGGAACAAAAAUACAAUCGGAAACUCAUGACUCCGUCGAAGAUGCGCGCACCACAUUGCAGCUGUACAAGCAUUACCUGAAAUUGACGGCGGAAAAGAAAUUCACCAGCGCGCUCAAAAAUUUGUACGAUCGUGGCAAGCAUCUGCAAUGGAAAGUGCCUGAGAAAGAUUGAGUGUGGACGGACGGGCGAGCGUGUGUUACCGUUGCGACGGACGAAUAAAAUGAAUGCGUGGAUGGACUGAUUGUAGAAUGAAAGGAGUAAGGAAAUUCCAUAUGGGCAUGCUAGUGUGUGAAAUGUCGAGAUUUUGUAUUAUGAAACUGAAGUGUGCAACUUUUUAAGAUAGUCUUCAACUUGUUGCAGUUGAAAUGCACAAAACCUUUUAACUCCACAGAUACAGACACACACACACACACACACACACACAAGCAUACAGAAAAGUAUGUAAACUACACACGAAUAUAGCGGAAAAAAGUACAAAAAUGACACCGAACCGAGAGAAACAACAAAUGCAA